ACCUUAUCAUUUUGGUGUGGAGCUCCAAAGCUUCGGCCUCCGAUUCGAUGUGGGCCUUGGAGUCCUAUGGGGGUCUGGCGGUGUCGGUGCUGGUGCUGGUGGCAGUAGAGCUGGCCUGCAGAUCGGGGCAGGUGCAGCUGGCGGCUGCCGCAGCAGCCAUCCCCACCGGCCUGCCGCUGGCGUUGAUUAUCGUGGCCUCGAAAGCGCAGCAGCAGGAGGAGGCGCUGGUCAGCUUCUCGGAGGCGACGCUGCGCGGGGCGGCAGGCACACUGGGCUUUGCAGUGGCCAUGCUCCUGGCGGCGCGGCGCGGCUGGGGCGUGCCGGCCAUGCUACUGAGCGGCUAUAGCGCCUGGUUUGCCACGUGGCUGGCGCUGAGCGCAUUGAAAGCGGAUGCGGACAAGGGCGACUAGUCGCAGAGCAAGAGGUGUUUGCGGAGACGCUGCUCGAGUUCGUGAGACGCAACGAGAGGGUUUCCCCAGACCUGUGCCCCGAAGGUCCCUAUGGCCACAGGUCUGGGAAGCAGACGUUGAAGUUCAAGCUCUGGAGCCGCGAAUGCUCACUUCAGCGAUGAAUAGCAGGCGAUGCAAAAAGUGGUA